AUGAUCACCGCGAUCGAUCAGAGGUCUAUUGACCAGAUUACGGCCGGAAAGGUCGUGGUCACUUUGGCAAUGGCCGUCAAAGAGCUCGUGGAGAACUCCAUCGAUAGCGGGGCCUCCAGCAUUUCCAUCCAGCUGGACAACUACGGGCUCGACGGGUUUUCAGUCACCGACAAUGGCUCCGGAAUCGACGAACAGGAUUUCGAAUUGGUCGCUCGAAAAUACACGACGUCGAAGCUCAAAAGCUUUGAAGACCUUGACUCCAUUGAGACGCUGGGGUUCCGCGGGGAAGCUCUCGGUUCGCUCUGCGCGAUGGCACGCGUCGAAAUAACCACAAACACGCAACCCGCCAAAAGCGGGCACACACUUAUAUUUAAUGAGGACGGCGGCAUUCUAGAAAAGAGAGUUUCGCCCAGUCCUAAAGGCACCACGGUCAAAAUCACCGAUCUGUUCAGAACCGCUCCAGUGCGGCGAAAGGACUUUGAACGACACUACAAAAACGAGUACACAAAAAUGGUCAAUCUAAUUCAAGCUUAUGCUUUGGUGUGUCCUAUAAAACUACAGGUCGAGAACAAUACCAAGGGCCGUAAAAUUGCCGCCAUUCAGUCGCAGGGCGAAACGAUGGACAAACGUAUUGCUGCAGUGUUUGGAAUCUCUGCACUGAAAGGGUUGGUUCCAGUCAACUUAAAAACUCGUGUGUUUGAUUUAGAGGGCUACAUUUCCGAGCCUGUGUUUGGAAAAGGCCGGUCUGGCACCGACCGUCAACUUUUAUACGUGAACUCACGGCCAGCCACGCUUCCAAAGGUCCAGAAAACUAUCAAUGCAGCGUAUCAGUUGUCCAAUUCAACAGAGUAUCCAUUUUUCGUUCUUAACUUGAGGCUUGAUCCUCAUACGUUCGAUGUCAACUUGUCUGCCGAUAAGCGAACUCUGCUGUUACAUGAUGAAUCUGCGAUUUUGGAAAACUUGCAAAUAUCACUAGGGGAGUUUUUUGAUAGCUCGGGCCAUAACGUUCCCCGCUCGUCACGACCAAUGCCAAAACGGCCCAAAACCACGCUGGAACUCGAACGAUUCGCGAGUGCUGGAUCUGAAACUGCUCGGGGCGAACCUGAAACCGAGAUCCAUAUUCGGACCGAUAGGCUAUCUACCAGGUCUCGGCGCUCUGCUGCUCCAGAUAUGGCGCUCACUGGCUUUAUUUCCGCUGCCGAACUCCCACAGGCCCGCUCAUUCGAGCUCGCUAGUAACCCAGCUCCAAAGCCCUCAGCACCGACCCCAUUUAAUGCAAGAAAAAGAUCCGCUUCACCAAGUAACCCAGCUCCUAUUCUCUCGUCAAGACGCAAAGACCACACUGUAGUACCAGAGACCUCAGAUGCUCUAGACCGUAUUUUCGACCAGGCUGGGCACGUUCCAAAUACACCUCUCGCCCAAAGCACAUCUGCUCAAACCCGAUCCGAAAAUGUUUCAAGCGACCAUGCUGGAUCAGUUCCAGAUACACCUAUCGCUCAGAAUACAUCUGCUCAAGUUACCCCCAAAGCUGUUACAAAUGAGCUGCCUGCAAAGGAAGAGCGUCGCACGACCCCGAAAACAACAGACCAAGCACAUAUUUCCCCCCCGCCCAAACAACCUAAAGAGCUCGACGUCCUGGAGAGUCUUAAUGUCGCAAACGAGCCACCAAAAAGCAGCGGCUCUCAGUUUGGCAAAACUUUGAAUACUCAUGUCCUGUUGACGACAAGUAUCGACGAUGUUCAAUCAUCAUAUGACUUGCUAAAGCCGCAUGAAAAGAACGAGAUUUUAAAUCACUCUAUUGAGGAAAGCGCAGCCGAAGAAAGACUCAAUCUCACGGUGCGUAAAGAGGAUUUUGCAAAAAUGCGAGUUGUGGGACAGUUCAACAAGGGGUUUAUACUGGUGGUCAAAUCCGACAGCCACGGUCAAAACGAUUUGUUUGUAAUUGACCAGCAUGCAAGCGAUGAAAUCUUCAAUUUUGAGAGGUUGCAAAGCGAGCUCCAGAUGAACUGCCAGCCCUUAGUCCAGCCCCGACCCUUGGAGCUAUCACCGGUAGAAGAGCUCACUGUAAUCAACCAUUUGAACAUAUUCGAAAACAACGGAUUCAGUAUUUCUAUUGUGCCUGAUGCACCUCUGGGUAAACAGUGUCAGCUGACGGCGCUGCCAUAUUCCAAGAACUGGGUUUUUGGGGAAAAGGAUGUUCAUGAUCUCAUCUGCAAAAUACAGGAAAACCCGAGCGAUAAGUCUAUCAAAUGCAGCUCUCUGCGUGCUAUGAUAGCUAUGAGAGCUUGCAGGUCUUCAAUCAUGAUCGGCAAAUCCCUCAGUUUUAGCACAAUGGCGCGUGUGGUGUCCAACCUAGGGACGUUAAACCGGCCUUGGAACUGUCCUCACGGAAGGCCUACUUUGAGACACAUAACUAGCCUGACCUAA